AUGACCGAAUCUUCAGCGAAAGGAAUGAACUCUCGAAAAGCGGAGAAGUCAUCAGCCUUUCCUGAGAACCUAAGGAUCGAAAUCAAAUCGCUAACAGUGGAUGUAGCUAAUGAUAUUUGGUUCGAUAUUUAUCAAUUUUUCGGAGUUCAUAUACCAGAUCAAUUAAUCGAAGAAUGGGAUUCUGAUUCAUCACUUCCAUUUAAAUGCGAAGUAGAAUGCGUAAUAUAUUCAUCUGAUAGACCUUUAACUUGUCCAGUUACUUUAAUGUCAAAUCAAUAUCAAAGAACUCACCCAACAUUUCCAAGUAUAUCAAUUUUACAUAACUUAAAUCGUGAACAGCAUACAUUUACGUGGGAUCAAGCUCUUGUAAUUCCGAUUUUAUAUUCUGAACUUCCUCACGAUUCUAUCGCUAAAUUCAAAUUCUUUGCAUGUUUAUUCCAAUCCAAGCCUACACUGAUUGGAGAGUCAGAAGUCAGAUUAUUUACACGUCGAAAUCGUCAUCUUCGAUUAGGACCAUUUGCUUUAACAUUCGACAAGAAAGAAGACAAGAGUAUCCUUCAAAAACAUGUACGCCGUCUUUAUACUACAAAAGAAAAAACUUUCGAAUUUAUUGAUGAUCAAAUUCGUUCUGUAACUGAAUCAUUACAUCCGAAAGAUGCAGAAAUGUUUUUCAACUCUCUUCUUAGCCCUAUUUCUCCACCAGAAUUGAGUAGCCAGGCUGAAUUUGCGAGAAUUGUAAUUUUACCACCGCAAUCAGCUCAGCCAUCAACAAUUAUCAUCCAAGAAAAUCUCAUACUAUCACCAAAGAACAAUAAUUCAUCAUUAAAUCCAUGCCAAAGGCUUUACCACGAUCUUGCCCAUUCACAAGGUCCUGCUAAGUCAUCAUUGCUCAAAGAAUCGAAUAUUACAGAGACUCUCAACAAAAUCAAAGCACUUCCACCACUUACAGAGCUUCUUACCAUUCAAAAAACUCAUUUAUAUAAUAAUUAUUACCAUUGUCUCACAGAUCCAGGUCUUAUGCCCGCAUUGUUCCGAUCUGUCAACUGGGAGUCCGAUGAAGAAUCUCGUGAUAUCGUAAACGCCCUCAAAACCCGAGAACCUAUCGAUGUUGAAUAUGCUCUGGAGUUUUUCACAAGUCGCUACAAUAUUUCUGUUGUCAGGAGCUAUGCAGUUCGUUGCAUACGGUCUGUCCCACGCGAGGAACUCCUCCUCUACCUACCACAACUCAUCCAGGCCGUAAAAGCUCCUUAUACAGAUGGUUUGGGAGAUAUUUUGAUUGACCACGCGAAAUCUGACAUUAUUUUUGCCAGCAACUUCUAUUGGAUUGCGCAAAUCGAGAGAGAUACCGAUAAAUCUAUCGGCCAAUUAGUCGAUAAACUUUACAAAUCAUUAAAUGAAGAUAUCAGAACCCAGAUUGACUCUCAAAUCUCUCUUGUCAAGAGAUUAUGCAAUCUAUUGACAGAAGGCAAUACAAAUGUUAAUUCCACACAGGCAAAACGUGCAAAAAUUAUCGAUCUUUUGACAAACGACCCGGAACACUCUACUUUGAGGAAUUUCGACCCAGUAAGACUCCCAUUAGACCCAGAAGUUGUUGUAAACGGAGUAGAUCCAGACGACGUCAAAGUAUUUCAAUCGAAAUUACGCCCAGCGUGCAUUUGCUUCAAGAGAGCCGAUGGCGGAAGCUACAGAGUAAUAUUUAAGAUCGGUGAUGACAUGAGACAAGACCAAUUGAUCUUACAAUUAUUCUCUGUUAUGGAUAAUAUCUUUAAGAGAGCUUCCAUGCAACUGAAUAUCACUGCAUACAAGACUUUAGCGUUUUCUCCAACUUUUGGUUGCUGCCAGUUCAUAGAUAACUCUAAAGCAAUCUUGAAUAUCGCAAAUGAAGAGAAAAGUAUCAAGAAAUACUUAAUGGCCGAUAACAAACCUAUUGGUCCUAAAAUUGAACUGUUUACAGAGUCCCUUGCCGCUUAUUCCGUCAUGACAUAUGUUUUGAAGAUCGGAGAUAGGCAUGACAACAACAUUCUUGUUACAAGAGAUGGCCAUUUAUUGCAUAUUGACUACGGAUUCAUCUUAGGUGAUGUUACUAAGCCUUUUACUCCUCCAUUGAAAUUAUCCCGAGAAAUGGUUGACACAAUUGAUCCAGAAAAUGGUUUACAGAAGAUUUGUGAUUGGGCUUGUCCUGCUUUCAACUCAUUAAGAAAGCGAGCAAGACUCAUUUUAGUUCUUAUCGAAUUGAUGUUCACAGCUCCUCUUGAGUGCUUCCAACAGAAUCCAAUGCGUAGAUUAUCACAAGUUGAGAACUCUCUGCUGCUUAACUGCACAGAAAUUGAAGCAAUUAACUCAUUACAAGCCACAUUCUCUGAAUCUCUCUCAUCAAAGAUGCAAGUUCUUUGGGAUGUUGUUCACAGUGUCGCUGUAAGUACAAAUGGACCUGAUGCUGAUAGGGAUAAUUAA